UACAAAAUAUGCAGGCAGUCGUGAGUACAACUAAUCCAUCCACGUAUUCACUUUUUCGAUUUCGCUCAGUGAUUUCCCUUGCGUGCUUCGGUUUCUUCUGCAAUUUCGGUUGUUUUCCCCAGGUGAUGUUUCAAUAAGAGAAACUAGAAUGCGCUUUAAACCUAACAUUCCUGAGAAGUGAAGAAAGCAAGACGACAAACAAAGUGCGUCAUGUAUCAUAACAGAAGGCGUGCGUCGUCGGGAUUGUUGGAGUGGAGUAUGUUUGACCACGACGGAUCCCCCGACAUCUGCGAGUUCGACGACCUCCCAAACUGUUCCCAGCGUUCGAUCAACCAGCUAAGUCUUAAUUCGUCCUGGCCCAUCGACGACAUCUGCACCAACAAAACCGUGGUCUUGAUAAACGAGACUCCGUCGGCAUCGCAAGAAAUACAGACAGACGAUCCGGGCUCAAACACGUCAGGUAUUCCAGGAGCUGACAGCUGGGGUUCAGUCUUCAGUGGCGGCAGCUUGACAGCGUCUGCUAGCCACGCAGUAACACGCAGGAAACGAAAGAUCAGAGGCGUGGACAAUACGUGCGAAAUUGACGAUGUCAGCAACGACGAAUCUGCGAGCCCGCCAGUAAGAAACGUCUUCGACCGCAGACGCUCCUUCACGAUAGACGAAACGACAGACGACGAACUAACAUCUACGCCAAGUCUAAGUCCUCGAAAGCAGCCGCUCACCACCGCGAGUGCGCAGUGCCAGCCAAUGCCCCGCGCCGAUAGCCCCCGUCAACAACCAGGCCCCAACCCAGACCCUCCAUACUAUCCAAUGCGAGAAAGUGUACUCAAAAACGGCCUCCAAGAGAGCCUGAUAAAAGCAGUUCAAAAGAUGGACUCUGAGCUGGCCCUGUGGAACUGUUACAAAGCCAACGCCAACUUUCCCAAGAGACUUGUGUCUGGUGGCCCACCACCUCUAACCGCGAGGAUUGUGUUCACAGAGGAACUCUACGGCUCGACAUACUUCACCUGCCAUCUCGUAGACGUGGAAAGUGGGGCCGACACCCCUGAAACUCUGUCGUUGGUGUUUUCUUCGGAAGUUUCGGAGAACGAAAAGUUCGGCAGGGACACUGUUCUGCGUGUUUACCCACCCUGGAAGGAGUAUACGGUUCAGAGCGAGCCCAGUAGAAUCCUUACAGCAAUACAGUUUUACGAAGUAUUGAACAAAGGCAAUAGCAAAGUUAAGUAAUUCUUAUUUCAAACCCUUCAUCGUUGCUCGAGGGUUCAUUAAGUCGUCUAACAGAGCAUACUGGAGCUUAGCAGUGGUCAGUCACACCUCCGACACACUAGUAUGCUAUUUACACACCACAUAUAUAAUUUGCUCAACCCCAAUAAAUAUGUGGAUCCUUUA